UCAUUUAUAUACUGUAAGUCUGUCAAGUAAGUGUCAUCUGUCAACCUUUCAAUGUCAUUGACGACGACGUUUACUAAUUUCGUCUUUUCUUUCUUUUCUUUUCUCUUUCUGACAACGGGAGGGAUAGGUUGCUAAAACCAAACCAAAAUGUCGAAGGUAUCGCGUGAUACGUUGUACGAAUGCGUUAACGCAGUCCUAGAGCAAUCUAAGGAGAAGAAACGUAAUUUCCUGGAGACAGUUGAACUGCAAAUCGGUCUGAAGAACUAUGACCCGCAAAAGGACAAACGUUUCUCCGGCACCGUCAAGCUAAAGUACAUCCCGAGGCCAAAAAUGCAGGUGUGUGUGCUGGGUGAUCAACAACAUUGUGAUGAAGCCAAGUCAUUGACUGUCCCCUGUAUGGACGCUGAAGCCUUGAAGAAACUUAACAAGAACAAAAAACUUGUAAAGAAACUGGCCAAGAAGUAUGAUGCAUUCCUCGCAUCAGAGUCCCUCAUCAAACAGAUCCCACGUCUAUUGGGCCCCGGUUUGAACAAGGCUGGCAAGUUCCCUGGUCUCCUGUCCCACCAGGAGUCCAUGACACAAAAGAUUGAUGAGGUUAAGGCUACUAUCAAGUUCCAGAUGAAGAAGGUACUUUGCCUCUCAGUGGCAGUUGGCCAUGUAGAUAUGACUCCAGAUGAGCUUGCACAAAAUGUACAUUUGUCAAUCAAUUUCUUGGUGUCUCUGUUGAAGAAACACUGGCAGAAUGUGCGCUCACUGCAUAUGAAAUCUACCAUGGGCGCACCCCAGAGAUUGUACUAAUUCAUUAUAAUAAAUAUUGACUAAAAUA